GGUGAGCCAUGCAAGGGUGUGGUUAGCAACAAAAGCAUUCUACGUCUAUUUUUUUUCUUCUCACGGUGUCAGAGGACAGUUCAGCAAGACACAUUUUUCUUCCUGUGAAUUUUAAAGUGAGAGCCAUGGGGGGACUGCAGUGCAUCAAGUAUCUGGUGUUUGCCUUCAACUUUCUCUUCUGGUUGGCAGGUACUGGAGUUCUGGCUGUGGGACUUUGGCUGCGUUUUGACUCCAGGACAUCAGGACUGUUUGAGGGACAGGACUCACCCACGGUCUUCUUCACUGGCGUGUACAUCCUGAUCGCGGCGGGGGCUCUGAUGAUGGUCGUGGGCUUCCUGGGAUGCUGCGGAGCCAUCAAAGAGUCACCGUGCAUGCUGGGAUUGUUCUUCCUCUUCCUGCUCCUCAUCUUCGCUGUGGAAGUGGCUGCUGGGAUCUGGGGCCUCUCGAACAAGGACAGGGUGGUGGAAGAUGUUACAGAGUUUUAUAAACAGACUUACAACAACUACAAGGACACCAGACAGGAAGCGCUGAAGGAGACCCUCCGCCUCAUCCACUUUGGACUGAACUGCUGUGGUCCGACAGGAACUGUGAUCGAUGCUGCCAGAGAUACCUGCCCCAAGAAGGAGGGACUGGAGGUCUUCAUCACCACGAGUUGUCCAAGUGCCAUCGACGAGAUGUUCAACAACAGGCUGCACAUCAUCGGUGGGGUCGGCAUCGGCAUCGGAGUCAUCAUGAUCUUUGGAAUGAUCUUCAGCAUGAUGCUCUGCUGUGCCAUUAAGAGGUCCAGGGACUUCGUCUAAACCACCGCACCCCCACACAACGCCCCUCCAUCUUUAACUUGUGUCUCUAUUACACCUGCGGCUUUAGAGUUUACAUCAGUUUAAUAAUAACAACAGUCAUGUCUUAGUUUCCUGCUUGGAUCCAUACAGGAUGGUCUCGUGGACCUGUGAGAGUAUGGAGCCUGAGUUUCUUCACUCCGUCUGUAGGAAAAUUAUAUUCGUACCCAAAGUAAACUGAACAAAUGGGUGUUUUUGUCUGAUGCGGAGGAAAAUAAAUUUGAAUCUCACUUUUCAUCAAAUCAGAACAGGCUGAUCAUCCACAGAAGAAAACAUGUUUAUGACUCUGCUGCCCCCUGGAGGACCCUGACCAUCACUCCUGUUUUUCCUUUCAGAUAAAGUCCACUUCAGUUCAGUUCAUGUGAAGUGAGUUUGGCGUUUGCCUGUGGUGAGCUGUGAUCUAACAGGCUUUUUGCAGCUAACUGAAUUUUACUGUGUGACUCCUGUUUUAUUUUGAAGUUACAUGUCAGAAGCUUUGAUUUUUAUAAAAGCAGAACUGUGGAGUUUUAUGCACAUAUUUUGAUGAAUGCAGUUCAGAUAUGUCGUUAAGAUGCCAAAUAAAUAAACUAAUAAAUGCUGA